UAAAAAUUACAUCAAAAUUUUCUGUAAAUUUAAGUAGCUUCAAAUCUAAGGGAUGGUUUGCCUGAUACGCCGCACAAGAACUCUGCAAAAAGCUGCUGGGGUGCGGCAUUUGUGGGGAACCUAUAAAAUACUGAAGAAGGAGCUGCAUCUCAGCGCAUGUAGAUGUUACUUGGGAGAUGCUUGCGAUGUGGAAGGCUAUCAUCCAGGACACCACUCGGGUACAAUGCAGGAAGUGAUUCAAAAGAUCAAUGAAAGAAUGAAUGUGCAGUCUACUUAUCAUACGCCACCAUUUUGCCGAGCGCAGCUGCUCAAGCACCAACCCAAUCGUGAGGACUUACCCAAGCGUAGCAUGAAGGAUUCCUAUACAACAGCUGUACUGCCUUUUAAAGAGGAUGAGCGCAUACGUGUUCAUUAUGUAAAUCACUUGGGCAGACUGCGUUUGGGUCGGCUUAUGGAAGAUCUGGAUUUGUUUGCAGUAUGGAUUUGCCAUCGUCACGUAUAUGUGCCCAAGUUGCCCAAGGGUAUACCAAUGCCCUAUACUUUUGUAACAUUGCUGGUGGAUAAGGUGGAAAUACUACAGGACUCGCUGUCAGCUUUUGAAGACAUAGAACUUAGUGGUCAUGUAAGCUGGGCGGGCAACAGCUCCAUGGAGAUAACCAUUUAUCUGCGUCAAGAAAUGCAAAACAUGGCGCGAGCUGUCUUUAUGAUGGUAAGCCGCAACGCAACCAACACAGGUCCUGCGCCUGUCAAUCCUUUGGAGCCUGCCAAUGAGCUGGAGGAGCGUUGCCUGGCGGAUGCGCAGCGUCGUCAAACGGUGCGCAAGGCAAAUCAGCAUCAGUCUGUACUAAAUAAGCGUCCCACCAAGUCAGAUGAGCAGUUGAUGUUUGAGCUUUUCCAACGCACCAAAGGCAAAAGUUUGGUGCAUGACAUAGGCCAGACGCUUGCACUGCCCGCCAACAGCGCCUAUAUGUCGAAGUCAUAUCAGUCUACCAUGCUGCACCCAUUUCCAGACAAUCGCAAUGCCCACAAUACUAUCUUUGGUGGUUAUAUAAUGCGAAAUGCUGUAGAGAUUAGCAUAAUUACGGCGAGCAUAUAUUCCAGCGGACGUCCACAACUGCAGUGCAUCCUAGAUGUUGCCUUUUAUAAUCCUGUGCCUGUGGAUUCAUUUAUCAAGAUUACUGCCUAUGUGGUGUAUACCUCUGGCAUAUAUAUGCAGCUCAUGACCAUAGUCCAGGCGUUGAAUGCAAAUACAUUGGAGAAAUUAACAUCCAAUGCUUUUUAUUUAACAUUCGCCGGAGAACUUGCUGUCAAGGAACUGUUGCCAAGCUCGUAUCAGGAAACCUUGUGGUAUCUGAAUGGCAAAAAAAAAAUGGAAGUAUUCCAACAGCUCAAGCAGAAUCAGGAAAAGCACAGUAAACAGUGCAAGCAGAAAGCUUAAUUUGUACAAAAAACAUUUAAUAAAUUAUAAAAAAUUAAUUCGAAACCUGUGACU